GACCUCGCCGACCCUAACGUGCUAGCCGCCGUCGCCCCCGCCCCCGUCGCGUCACGACUCCCGGCCCGCCCUUCCCUGGCCCCUCCCCAAGCUCGGUUCCCCCCCUUUCCCUCCUCCUCAGACCGAGCGGUGACUUAAGCAACGGAGCGCGGUGAAGCCCAUUUUUCUCUUUCCUCGCAGCCGCGCCGGGGAGCUCGCGGCGCGCGCCCCCUCUGCUCCGGCCCGAGAUGAAUGCUGCCGCAGAAGCCGAGUUCAACAUCCUCCUGGCCACAGACUCCUACAAGGUUACUCACUACAAACAGUACCCACCCAAUACAAGUAAAGUUUAUUCCUACUUUGAAUGCCGUGAAAAGAAGACUGAAAACUCCAAAGUAAGGAAGGUGAAAUACGAAGAAACAGUAUUUUAUGGGUUGCAGUACAUUCUUAAUAAGUACUUAAAAGGUAAAGUAGUGACCAAAGAGAAAAUCCAGGAAGCCAAAGAGGUAUACAAAGAACAUUUCCAAGAUGAUGUAUUUAAUGAAAAGGGAUGGAACUACAUUCUUGAGAAGUACGAUGGGCAUCUUCCAAUAGAAGUAAAGGCUGUUCCUGAAGGGUCUGUCAUUCCCAGAGGAAACGUUCUUUUCACAGUGGAAAACACAGAUCCAGAGUGCUACUGGCUUACAAAUUGGAUUGAGACUAUUCUUGUGCAGUCCUGGUAUCCAAUCACAGUGGCCACAAAUUCUAGAGAGCAGAAGAAAAUAUUGGCCAAAUAUUUGUUAGAAACUUCUGGUAACUUAGAUGGUCUGGAAUACAAGUUACAUGAUUUUGGCUACAGAGGAGUCUCCUCCCAAGAGACUGCUGGCAUAGGGGCAUCUGCUCAUCUGGUUAACUUCAAAGGAACAGAUACAGUAGCAGGAAUUGCUCUAAUUAAAAAAUAUUAUGGAACAAAAGAUCCUGUUCCAGGCUAUUCUGUUCCAGCUGCAGAACACAGUACCAUAACAGCUUGGGGGAAAGACCAUGAAAAAGAUGCUUUUGAACAUAUAGUAACACAGUUUUCAUCAGUGCCUGUAUCUGUGGUCAGCGAUAGCUAUGACAUUUAUAAUGCGUGUGAAAAAAUAUGGGGUGAAGAUCUAAGACAUUUAAUAGUAUCAAGAAGUACAGAGGCACCACUAAUAAUCAGACCUGAUUCUGGAAAUCCUCUUGACACUGUAUUAAAGGUUUUGGAUAUUUUAGGUAAGAAGUUUCCUGUUACUGAAAACUCGAAGGGCUAUAAGUUGCUGCCACCUUAUCUUAGAGUUAUUCAAGGGGAUGGAGUAGAUAUUAAUACCUUACAAGAGAUCGUAGAAGGCAUGAAACAAAAAAAGUGGAGUAUUGAAAAUGUUUCUUUUGGUUCUGGUGGAGCUUUGCUGCAGAAGUUAACAAGAGAUCUCUUGAAUUGUUCCUUCAAAUGUAGCUAUGUUGUAACCAAUGGCCUUGGGAUUAAUGUUUUCAAGGACCCAGUUGCUGAUCCCAACAAAAGGUCCAAAAAGGGCAGAUUAUCUUUACAUAGGACACCAGCAGGAAACUUUGUUACACUUGAGGAAGGAAAAGGAGAUCUUGAGGAAUAUGGUCACGAUCUUCUCCAUACUGUCUUCAAGAACGGGAAGGUGACAAAAAGCUAUUCAUUUGAUGAAGUACGAAAAAAUGCACAGCUGAAUAUUGAACUGGAAGCAGCACCUCAUUAAGCUUUGUUUUACGACUGAGUGUGUGUGUGUGUGUGUGUGUGUGUGUGUGUGUAUACAUGCGUGCAUGCAUGUAUGCACCUGUGUGUAUGUAAUACAUAAUGUUUAUUGUACAGAUGUGUGGGGUUUCUUUGUGUUUUAUGAUACAUUAUAGCCAAAUUAUUUGUUGGUUUAUGGACAUACUGCCCUUUUUUUUCUUCUUUUUUUUCUUUUUCCAGUGUUUAGGUGAUCUCAAAUUAGGAAACACACAUAACCAUGUAAAAGAUUAAUGCUAAAGUAAGCUUUUUAGGGCCCUUUGCCAAUAGAUAGUAACUCAAUCUGGUAUUGAUCUUUUCACAGAUAACAGAACCAAGACUUUUAUAUAUAACUAAAGAUCACAUAAAACAGAUUUGCAUAAAAUUAUCAUGAUUGCUUUAUGUUUAUAUUUAACUUGUAUUUUUGUACAAACAAGAUUGUGUAAGAUAUAUUUAAAGUUUCAGUGAUUUAACAGUC